AUGAGCCUUCUAUUUCUCCUCUUCACUCUUCAAACAAUUACCGCGUUGAAUCGAGAAGAGAAAUUCGCCAAUCCGCCGACAAAUUAUGAGAAACACCUCGUUUUUCGCAUUUUCCCCAACACCAGCCAACAACUUGACGCUCUCAACAGACUUUAUAUGAAAUCGCACGAGUACGAGUUGGACUUCUGGAAAUCGGCCACCGGUUUUCACCAAUUCGCGGACAUAAUGGUGAAAGAAAGUCGAGCAAUGUUUCUUGCGAAAACGUUGAAUCAAACGGGAGCCAAUUGGAAGAUUACCAUUCCCGAUGUGCAGAAAUUGAUCAUUGAACGAGAGGCCCCAAAACAGUCCUCAUGGCUUUCCCGUUUUGGUGAAAGCAAUCAACUCUUCAAGGCAAUCUUCAAAAGGUUCAAAGAUGACUCUGGGCUAAAGGCAAAGUACGGUUUUGGUGACUAUCAUAGCUACGAGACGAUCAUGAAAUAUCUGGAUGAUGUCGAGAGGGGAUAUCCAAACAUUGCGAAGACUUUCAUCGCUGGGAAAUCGGCUGAGGGAAGACCAUUGAAGGGGAUCAAGAUCGGUAACCCAAUCUCCUCCACAGACAAACGUGUGAUUUGGAUUGAUGGCGGGAUCCACGCAAGAGAAUGGGCAGCCGUUCACACAGCACUCUGGUUCAUUCAUCAGCUAAUCUCCACGUAUGAAAUCGACUCCACAACGCGUUCUUUCAUCGACUCGCUUUCUUUCUACAUCCUUCCACUCGCGAAUCCGGAUGGCUACGAGUUUUCGCGUGACGACAUCACUCCAUUGCAUCGUUUAUGGCGAAAGAAUCGCGGGGAUAUUCGGUGUAAACUCGAUUUGCGAUGGUUUCGCGAGCGCUGCUGUGGAGGCGUGGAUUUGAAUAGGAAUUUCGAUUUCCAUUGGGCUGAAACUGGCUCCUCAACCGAGCGAUGCUCUGAAGUUUUUCAAGGUGACACUGCUUUUAGUGAACCAGAAUCACGAGCCAUCCGCGACAUGCUGAUGUCACCAGAAUUGCACGGGAAAACAGACGCUUUCAUCACAUUGCACACGUAUGCACAGAUGUGGAUCCAUCCCUACAGUAAUCAGGAGAGAACCUAUCCAGAGGAUGUGCAAGAUUUGCGAGAAGUCGGUUUAAACGGAGUCGCAGCGUUGGAAAAAGACUAUGGAACGGCGUAUCGUUUUGGAACUGGAGCCGAUAUUUUGUACCCGUCAUCGGGCGGAUCGGACGACUGGGCGAAGGGAGUGGCCAAAGUGAAAUACGUUUACUUGUUGGAGUUGCGACCAGCUGAUGAAGUUUGGGACGGUUUCCUCCUCGAUCCACGUCAAUUGAUCCCUACCGGAAAAGAGACAUGGGAUGGGAUUAAGGUCGUCGUUCAAGCAGUACUCGAUCGCGCAAGAGCCAACAGACCUGAGCUUUCCCCAUCGAUCAUCACAACAACAACCACUCCACCGCCAACAACGACAACUGUACCAUGGUGGAAAACGAGCACAACACAAAAGACAACAACGAGAAGAGUGAUUCUCGAGUUGCCAAUGAGAGUCGUCGAGGGAGGACAGGAUGGGCAAAGACGACUCCCGAUUUUCUUGUCGAAAGCACAGAAUAUGUUGAGAUUUACCCCUCGUCCAGUAGCCGUUGAUCAAUCGAUUGGAAACCUUCAACAAUGCGUUGAUCGUUCGCCGUGGUGCUCGGCGUGGUUACAAGGGAAUCCCGAUGUUUGUAGGAUCUCUUCCAUCUACAUGCGUCGUGAUUGCUCGCGAAGUUGUGGCUUUUGUCGAGCUCGUCAAAUUCGUUUUAUUCCAAAAGCACACGGACUCUCGAGUCGAGUUGUUCAGGGCGACUCUCACUCAACUCUUCACUCAUCCCUCUCCACCGAAAGAAAA